AUGAAAGUCGACAGUGAAGUCAUUCCUGGAACCAUCCAAUUGGUCGAUCUCAAGGGAGACCCCGAUUACAAUGCCGUAGACCACGAGAUUGUGCUGGUGCCUACUCCCUCGGCUGACCCAGACGAUCCUUUGAAUUGGUCUCAGCGAAGAAAGUGGCUCUCCAUGCUGUGUAUGGUGUUGUACACCCUUGGAGUUGGAGUUCCCACUGCCUCCAUCUUCUCGGUACUGCUGCCCAUCUCAGAGAAGACCAACUUGUCGCUGGCUGACCUCAACGAGGGUACCGGAUAUAUGUUCCUGAUGCUGGGUUUCGGCUGUCUUUUCUGGCAGCCGGUGGCUCUACAGUUCGGAAAGAGACCUGUCUACCUCAUCUCUAUCCUGGGAACAAUGGCAGUCCAGAUUUGGGCCCCCUAUACCAAGAACAACGGUCAGUGGAUUGGUCAUAAGAUUCUGCAGGGUUUCCUUGGAGCUCCCAUCGAGUCUCUAUGUGAAGUCACAGUCUCCGAUAUUUGGUUCGAACACGAGCGAGGCUCCUGGAUGGGCCUGUACGCCUUCAUGAUGCUGUUCGGCUCCUUCAUGGCCCCCUUUUUUGGAGGUUUUAUCACCCAGGGUAUGGACUGGAAAUGGGUGCUCUUCUGGGGUGCCAUCUUCGACGCAGUGGUUUUCGUUUUUCUUUUCUUCUUCUUCGAGGAGACUAACUACUCUCGAAAGGCUGAGCUGGAGCGAGAGUGCAUGGAGAGCGAGACUCUGGACGUUGCUCAUGGUGGAGCCGUUCUUCCUGUGGGAUCAGGAUCUUUCAACGACUCUAGCGACCAGAACGAGAAGGGAUCUGCUAACCGAGUGGACGUCAUACCCAACCCUUUCUCUAAUGGAGAGACUGCUGCUUGCGGUGUGCCUGCCAAGAUCUACAAGCCCAAGACCUUCUGGGACAAGCUGAAGCUGUUUGACAAGCCCAGACCCAACAUGUUAUGGACCAUGGUCAAGCGUCCAAUCAUCAUUCUCUUCUCUUUCCCUCCGGUCAUCUACGCCGGCUUCCUUUACGGUACCGGUCUGAUUUGGUUCUCCGUUCUCAACGCUACUGCCUCCAAGAUCCUAUCUGAACCCCCCUACAACUUCAAGCCCUCAAUGGUCGGUGUCGCCUACUUGUGUCCCACCAUCAUCACCGCUAUUGUCGCCUGGUACGGGGGAUGGCUUGGAGACAGACUACGUAUCUGGAUGGCCAAGCGACACGGAGGUAUAUCUGAAGCCGAGGAUCGACUCUGGCUCUUGGCACUCUAUAUGGUCAUGUGCCCCGCUGGUCUCAUUCUCUGGGGUAUUGGCGCUGCCCAUGGCAUCCACUGGUUUGGAUUGGUCAUGGGUCUUGGUAUCACUGGAGGCUUCGGCGUGCUUGCUGGUCUCUGUUCCGUCAAUUACGCUGUUGAUUGCUAUCGGGAAAUGGCUUCGGAAUCCAUGGUUCCUCUUAUUAUCAUCCGAAACUGCAUGGGUUUCGGUAUGGGCUACGCCAUCACCCCCUGGCUCACCAAUGAGGGUCUCCAGCGAUGUUUCGGAGAGGCCGCCGGAGUUUCAGUCUUUUGCAUCGGAAUGUUCUUGUUCAUGAUAGCCUUUGGCAAGAAGUUCCGAAUCGCUACUCGACACAGGUACUGGAAGUUUGUUCAGGAGAGUAUCGAGAACGACAUGGCCCACUAA